AAACAAUCACUUUACUGAUUAUUAAUAUAUAGUAGAGAUUAUUAAAAUUAUUAUUAUUAUCAUACUUAUUAUUAUUAGUAAUCAGGGCGAUUCGCAACCGGAUCAUUACUGUAUCGAUUAUCAGGAUGCUUGUCAAUCAAUGGAAUCAAUGUCAAAAACUUAUUUCAUUAUGUGAUAAUGGAUAAAUUAUUAUAACAUUGGAAAUUGUCAAUCAUAAACGUUUAUUCACUUUUUUUUGUGAUACACUACAAACAUUGUCAAAUUGUACAUUGAACAAAUUGUUUGAAUUUACGAAGAGUUAUUGGUGUGUGUGCGUGUGAGAGAGUGAAAGUUGAAUUCGGAGUUGUUAUUUUUUUUUGUGACCAAAUUAAACAAAUGACGGAACGAUUCGUUUGAUCAUUGAUCAUUGAUCAUAUUGACUCGAUCAUUGUUAAAUUUUGUGCAGGGGGAUCACACAUUGAGCCUCAGUGAGACACACACGUACAUCAUAAGUACAAAAAAGAAAUUAUAAAACAUUAUGGAUGCUAAUAAUGCAUUGAAAUUAGGCAGAUUAUUUCGUGUGCCUUAUGGUGGAGAAGGUGUGGAUUUUAUUGAUCAGUUAAAUUAUCAAUUCACCAGUGGGAUCAUUGUAUUAUUUAUUGUGAUGAUUGGAUUUCGUCAAUAUGUCGGUAAACCGUUACAUUGUUGGGUACCACAAGAAUUUACUAGUUCAUGGGAAGAUUAUGCUGAAAAUAUCUGUUGGGUCCAGAAUACCUAUUUUCUAUUACCAAAUGAAGCUAUCCCAGAAGAUGAUUUUGAAUUAUUAAAAGUACGACAUAUUUCAUAUUAUCAAUGGGUAGCUAUAAUAUUAGCUGGACAAGCUAUGAUGGCAUGGAUACCACAUGUACUAUGGCGUGUUUGGUCAAAACGUGUACCAAUCCUAUUGAAAAAUGCACGUGAAGCUGCUGUACCAGAUAAAGAACUACGACAUAAGGCAAUAAGUUGUCUUGUAGCUGCAUUAGAAGAAAUAUCUGAAGCAUCAAAACGUUAUCGACGUACCCGCGGGGUAUUUCAUCGUUGUCUGGGUGGUCCACCGCCAAGUACACGUAUUACAUUAUUAUUUUUAAUUGUAAGAAUAUUUUUUAUUGUAAAUAAUAUUGGACAAAUUUAUGUAAUGAAACAUUUUAUCGGGACAAAUGAUACUUUAUUUGGUUUACAUGUAUUUCAAGAAUUAUUAAUUGGUAGUGAAUGGGAAAUUAGUGGUUUAUUUCCACGUGUAACUUAUUGUGAUGUGAAAGUGAGGAAGCUGGGACAAUUGAAACCUGCAUCGUAUACAUUACAAUGUGUUCUUCCAGUAAAUUAUUUCAUUGAAAAAGUUUAUAUCUUUUUAUGGUUUUGGUAUAUUCUAAUAGCAUGUUUAACUUUAUUUAAUACAUUUAUAUGGAUUAUUAAAUUAUGUAUACCAUAUUAUCGUGUACAGUUUAUACGUCAAUAUUUAAAAGCAUUAAAACAAUUAUCACAUACGGAAGAAACAGAAUGUGCAAGAUUUGUUAAUAAUAAUUUAGGUUGGGAUGGUAUAUUUCUAUUGCAAGUUGUUAGUAAAAUCUCUAGUGAUUUAAUUGUACUCGAUGUUACUGGGUUGCUGUGGAAUAAUUAUCAACGUGCUAAAAUUACUGGAACUGAAGAGACAAUUAGUAGAUUUAUUGAAAAUAUGAAUCGGGUUUAAAUGUGUGUUAUACACAAUGUGUAAACAAGCACACACACUUACACAGACACACAGACACGCAGACACACACACUAUGAACAGAACAGGAAUCAAUAUACUUGUAUAAAUAUAUGUGUUAGGUGUAGACACACACACACACAUGUUUGAACACACGCAGAUAUACAGACACACAUGAUGAGCAAAUGGUAAUCAAUAUACUUUGUAUAAAUCUAUGUGACACACACACACUAUAUAUAUUCCUUUUAUAAAAAAAAUACACACACCAAAAACUUUAUUGAUUUUCUUGUCCAAUCAAUUCAAAUUGUUCAGUUGUUUGUUCAAUGUACAAAUCACUAAUUGCCCCAAUCAAUUGCAUAUGAUUAGUAUUCAAUAAAAAAAACUUGUACUAUUUAUUGAUUGGUUAUUUUGAAACUGAAACUGCAACUCAACUGUAACACUGACUUUGUAUGAUUAUUAUGAUUAUUACUAUUUAUCGAUUCCUAUGUCAGUUGUUCAAUGCUCAUUUGAGAAAUAUUUAUACAUUCUGUUUU